AUGAACAUGGGCCCGCCUUCGCACAAGCCGCGCAAGAAGAAGGCCGACAGCGCCGUUCUCGCCAACCCUCGCCAUGGCACCGUCCUGGCCGACGACAAAGGCCACAUCACCGCUCCGGGCUUCCCUCUCGUCGCCUUUCUGUGGCCCGCCAAAGGAACAGUGACCCAAUGGGUCGUGCUGCCCCUCGUCCUGAUGGCCGUGGGCCUUUUCCGCUGGGCCACUGCUUUCUGGGGAUAUUCUGGCUUCCAAAAACCACCCAUGCACGGCGACUUCGAAGCGCAACGUCACUGGAUGGAGGUUACUACCAAUCUCCCCAUAUCCCAAUGGUACUUCCACGACUUGGAAUGGUGGGGUCUGGAUUACCCGCCGCUCACGGCAUACCAUAGCUGGCUUCUUGGGAAGAUCGGUCAGUCAAUUGACCCAUCCUGGUUUGCCCUGUAUACCUCUCGUGGCCUCGACGACCCCACGUUGAAGAUCUUCAUGCGCGCGUCCGUCUUCGUCUCCGAGUAUCUGAUCUACAUCCCCGCGGCCAUCAUCUUCCUCCGGCGCUACUCUCGCCUGCAAGACGUCAACACGUGGGAAUACUCGAUCGCGCUCGUUGCGAUUCUGAUGCAGCCGGCGACAAUCCUGAUCGACCAUGGCCACUUCCAGUAUAACACGGUCAUGCUUGGCCUGGUGCUUGCUAGCAUGUCUAGCAUGGUCGCGGGAAGGCCCAUGUGGAGCUGCGUGUACUUUGUUGCAGCGCUCGGAUUCAAGCAGAUGGCGCUAUUUUAUGCGCCAGUUGUCUUUGCGUAUCUGCUUGGUGUCUGCCUCUUCCCUCGCAUCAACAUCCUUCGCUUCAUUGGAAUCGCUCUGUUUACGGUCCUAUCGUUUGCGAUUCUCUACGCUCCACUCAUCCUGGGCACGCUUCAUAACUGGCAGAACGGGUUGUCUGUCCGGGACUUGCCGGCGCCUCCUCUUCUCUCCGCGCUCCCGGUCGAGCUGGAUGAGAAGGCCUGGUAUUAUCCGGUUGUGCUGGUGCUCGCGCAGUCCGUCCACCGCAUCUUCCCCUUUGCGCGCGGAUUAUUCGAGGACAAAGUAGCCAACGUGUGGUGUGCGAUCCACACGUUCCACAAGCUUCACGUCUAUCCUAGUGCUUUGGUCCAGCGCGCCGCGCUCCUGGCGACCAGUGCUGCCAUUGCGCCUCCUUGCCUAAUUCUGUUCCUGAAGCCGAAGAAGGAGCUGAUUCCUUUCGCGUUCGCCGCAACCUCCUGGGGUUUCUUCCUGUGUUCAUACCAAGUGCAUGAGAAGAACGUGCUUCUUCCGCUCCUGCCGAUGACGGUCCUUUUGGGGGCGGAGAGCGGAUUGACGCCCUCCACCCGUGCCUGGGUAGGAUUGGCCAACAUGCUGGGUUCAUGGACGAUGUUCCCGCUGCUCAAGCGUGAUGAGCUGCGCGUGCCGUACUUUGUCGUAACCCUGCUAUGGGCCUAUCUGAUGGGCUUGCCGCCGACGUCGUUUUCGAUCUUCCGCAGCGACCGGCCAGGCCAUCUCAACAUUCUCUCGAAGCUCAUUCACCUGGGCCUGUACGUCGCGAUGGUCGCCUGGCACUACGCGGAAGCGUUCGUCCCCCCGCCCUCCGACAAGCCGGACCUAUGGGUCGUGGUCAACGUGCUAAUCGGAGCACCCGGCUUCGGGCUCUGCUACCUCUGGUGUUUGUGGAAUUUGCUGGUCAAGAGCCAGCUCUUUGGGGGCAACGGCUCCGUGUCCACGGCCAAAAAGACGCAGUGA